UUUCAAGCCAGAAGUACGAUAGAGUGCAAUCAGCAAUGUGGUUAACAACAACAGUAGUGGUGAUUGUUUCAAUAGUUGUGUGCAGAGGAGACGUACCCUACACGAAGGAUACUUGGCUUUAUCCUUUUUGUAACAGAACUGGUGCAUAUAAUGAAACUAUCGUUUGUUACAAUAUGUUUGGUAUUAUCAGUUGGUGGGCACUCCAUCCAUUGGCUUUCAAAUACGCUUCAAAUCUUGACGUAGUUGGCACACCAGGAUACAUAACUUUCUUAAAUCCAGUCAGUUACAACGAAAUGCCCAACUGGAUAAGAAUUAGAGUCAGAAAUAUGAAUAUGUUUUUCUUAGGAUAUUCUUCAUUUUAUAAACUGAAUAAUCUGGAGCAGAUUCAUUUGAUUAAUACUGGUAUCAGAUUUAUAGUGAACAAUGCAUUUAUCGAUUUACCUAAAUUUACAGAGCUGGUGAUGACUGGUAAUAGACUUACUUUCUUUAAUUACGAAAUUUUUUAUAAAUGCCCAAGUAUCAAGUUUUUGAAUUUUGCAAAUAACCAGAUAAGUCAAACCGAGGAUGAUGUAAUUGAUAGAUUUGGCACAUUAGGAUCCAUAGAAUACAUCAACUUUAAUAAUAAUAGACUCAACAGCUCGUUUAAAAACCAUAUUAAUAAUUAUAUUUACUAUGACGGUAUCAGAAGUUUGUGGUAUGCGCAUAACAAAUUUACAGAACUUCGAGUAGGAUGGUUUAGAAGAAGACCAAAGUUAGAAGUAAUCAAUUUUGCGUACAACGAGAUAGAAUAUAUAGAAGAAAACACAUUCAAGGACAAUCCUAACUUGCAUACGAUCGUUCUAUCUUACAACAAGUUGAUCGAUAUUCCUAUACAGAUGCUUCCAGCAAAAUUUUAUCCGAAUUUGAAAAAUCUGGCGAUGGAUCACAACUUGAUAAUGGGAUUAGAUACUAGCGAGAAUGGUCCCUUAAGACGUUUAACCAACUUAAAAAAAAUAACGUUGGAGGGAAAUCCCUUUUAUUGCAGUUGUCUUUACGAAGUUCACGACCAAAUCAAUCAGUACACAGACAUACAAGAGGUGUGUAGAGAUACGAAAGGCCCGGAACACUCACAGGACAAUUGUAUAGAAGAAGGAGAAAAGUUUAAGACACCGUGUCAUUUAAUUCCACCACAUGAGCACCAAUCCAAUCGAGACCAAUUCCUUAAAGAUUAUAAUGAACUUCCAAGGUCUUUGGAUCCGAUGUAUUGCGCUCUUGAGAAAUUUCGUUAAAAGAAACACCGCAGUCCUAAUGUCUUUUGAUUCAAUGUAUUUAGUCCAGGGUAAUAACGUUUUCUCCAUGACACUACAACAGCCAGGGUACUGAAGCGUUUUUUCGGUAGGUAAUAUCUAUAAGAACAAAUUGUUACUAUUUCCUGCGUAGGAUCUGGCGGACAUUUUUAUUUAUAAACAAUUUAGUCUUAAAAACCGGUGGUUUUUUCCGUUCAAAAAUCUUUGAGAGCAUGGAAAAAGCUUUAAAAUGGCGUAUUAUAAAGAUUGAUUUACUAAUUUAUUGUUAAUAUAAUUGCGAAAAAUUUUCGAAAUUGUAAGAAAAAAUAAUUUCGCCAUAACUAUUGUAAAAAUAGUAUACAGCUUUGAAAUUUUUGUCAAAUAAGAGUUCUUUAGUGCUUAACAUGUGACAAAAAUUUAACAGGUGUUCAAUGAAAGAUCAUGAGCGAAGCUUUCAAACUGGUUAAAAAAAGUUAACAAAAAAGCAUUUGUUAGAAAUAAAUAAUUAUGCAAAAUAUCGUCAAUUUUUCCUUCUAAACUUUUUAUUUUUUUAUAUAAUAAAUUAUAUAUAUAUUUAUUACAAUUUUUUAUCAAUAAAUAUUAUAUACAUAACAUUACUUGGUAGCUGUUCACCCAAAACACGGUAAAAAAAUUAAUUUUUUUGAAAAAGUCAAAAAGUUUAUAAGGAAAAAUUGUCGAUACUUUUUCAUAAUUAUUUAUAACUAAUAAAUGCAUUUUUUUUCACUUCUUUUAAACCAAUUUGAAAAUAUAUCUCAUGCUCUUUCAUUUGACAUUUGUAGCUAAAAUCAUUUUUUAUCUGACUUAUGUUAUUGCAAAAAAGCUCUCUGGGAUAAACAAUUUGAAUAAAAUUUAAACAAUCGAAUGAAUCGCUUUGAAAUUUUUGUCACAUAUUAAGCUCCAAAGCACUCAUUUGACAAAAAUUUCAAAGCUGUACACUAAUGCUUACAAUAGUUACUGCAAAAUUAAUCUUUUUGCAAUUUCGACCUUUUAUUGCAAUUAUAUUAACAGUAAAUGAGUAUAUCAACCAUUGUAAUACGUCACCUUAAAUCUUUUUCCAUGCUCUCGCAGAUAUUUGUACUAAAAAAUCCAUAAUUUUCACUGUUUUCCAUUGAUUUGAAAAAAAAAAGAAAAGUAGAUCGUUUUUGACACUAAAUUGUUUAUAAAUAAAAAUGGCCGCCAGAUCCUAGGCAGGAAAUAGUUACAAUUUGUUCUUAUAGGUAUUACCUAUGGAAAAAAACGCUUCAGUAUCCGCUGUUGAAGUGUCACGGUAUAUAGUAUUAUAUAUAAAAAUACUAUAUUUGUGUCUUCUUACCCUUGCCUAAUUGCGCUGUUGAGGAAUUUGUAGCUACCUAAGUUUAUUGUUAAUAAUAAAAAUCAUGUAAACUUGA